AUGACGUUCUGGAGGCUUAACGGCCGUGGCAUCUCCUCGAGACUGGCAAAGCAGUGUCUACAGUGCAGCGACUGCCGGCUAACGCCUAUCGCAGGCCCGCUACCAGACGCACCAUCUGCCCAGCGUUUGCUCGUCUAUGACACACUUCGCAAGCGGGUAGCCAACUUGCUGUCUCGCGCCCCUAUUAAUGCCAACAAGCCCCUGCCGGCCAGCAAUGACGUGUAUCUGAGCGCGUCGGGCAUGGCCGCGCUCUAUCACGUGAACCAGGCACUCUUACGAUGGCGAAGGGAUGACAUUGUCAUGCUCGGCUUUCCGUAUGAGCUCUCUAUAAAAAUGGUUGAGACGGUUGGCCUACCAUAUCAGCUUUACAGCUUCGGCACUGAUACAGACAUUGACAAUUUGGAAUCGCUCCUAAUUCGUCGAGCUCAAGAGGGCCGCAAGAUUCAAUCUGUAUGGUGUGAGUGUCCUAACAACCCUGUCCUGCGAACACCAGAUAUGCACAGGGUGCGUGCUUUAGCAGACAAGUACGAUUUCAUCUUUGUUGUGGACGACACAAUCGGGAGUGCCGCAAAUAUCGACGUAACCGAUGUCGCUGAUGUUAUUGCCACAUCCUUGACUAAGAAUUUCAGUGGCUAUGCUAAUGUUCUUGGAGGGUGUGUAACUUUGAACCCGAACUUUCCCCAUUACCAGGAGCUCAGUGGCCACUUUGCUGCAACGCAUGUGAACAACCUCUACGCAGAGGAUGCUCUCCAGCUGGAAUUGAAUAGCCACAAUUACCUCGAGCGCUUUACACAACAAAACAAGACCGCGGCGUAUCUGAUUGACUUCCUGUUCCCCUACGUUGCUAAUCCCAAGAGCGCCCUGACAGCAAUUUACUCGCCCCGCGUCUGCUGGAGCCGAGAGAAUUACUGCAAAUUCAUGCGUCCCGCCACGGAAGAGUUCGAGCCGGGAUUCGGCUCCGUAUUCGGUGUUGAUUUUGAAAACACCGUACAGGCGUCGGCAUUUUUUAACAACUUCCCCGUAUGCAAAGGGCCUUCCUUCGGCGCGAAUGUUACUAUUGCGCUACCCUAUGUGCAGUUGGUUAUGCAGAAACAAAAGGAAUGGGCAAAAGGGCAUGGAUUGAAUGAGACCCUAAUUCGGAUUUCCAUUGGUCUCGAAGACCCUGAGGUGUUGCUUGGGCAUAUCAAAGGAGCGUUGCGGGCGGCGGACGAGGCAAAAAUGUUGGAUUAUCUUCACGGCAAGCCACUCGCUGUAUUAUAG